GUCAAACAAGUUUUUAUCAUGGUGGUAUCAGAUUAUAGAAAAGUUUUAGUCACGGGUGGGACCGGUUUUAUUGGAGCUCAUAUUGUCGAUAAUCUUCUUUCAUUAGGAAUAAGAGUGAGACUUGCUUCACGGUCGCUUAAGAAGGCCCAACAAUUCAUCGAUGCUCGUCCUGAAACCAGAGACUUGAUUGAGGCGUUUGAAAUUAAGGAUUUCACCAGUUUAAAAGGAAAUGAGAACCCUUUUCUCGACGCAGUUGAGGGGGUUGACGGAAUUAUUCAUGCUGCAAGUCCCUUGGACUACUCGGUUGCCAACGUAGAGGAAGACUUGAUAAAACCCGCCAUUAACGGAGUCAAGGUGGUUUUUGAGGCGGCGUUGACAGAACCAAAUAUCAAGAGAGUAGUCUUGACAUCUUCAUUUGCAUCUGUCAUGGAUGUUUCCAAAGGUCCUGGGCCUGGGUUCACCUACACUGGAGAUGACUGGAACCCACUCACCUAUGAGGAAUCCAUUAAGGCCGACCCAGUGAUUGCUUAUAGAGGGUCUAAGAAAUUUGCUGAACUUGAAGCUUGGAACUUCAUUAAAGAGAGACACCCUUCUUUUGAUUUGGUGACUUUCUGUCCUCCUAUGACAUUUGGACCCAUUGUGCACCCAGUUGAUGUGGUGGAAGAUUUGAACUUGUCAAAUGCCACUCUUUGGGACAUUUACAAGGGGGUAUCACCUUUGCCCGUUUCAAGAGUCCCAGUUUGGGUUGAUGUCAGGGACUUAGCUCUUGCCCACGUCAAAGCAUUGGUUGUGGAGAAGGCCAGUAACAAGAGGUAUGUUCCUAGUUCACCCGAGAAGUUCUCGUACAAUUUGGCUGCAAAGCUCAUGAAAGAUAAUGGUUUAGGUAGUAACAUCACUAUAGAGCUUCCAACUGAAGGGCUAGUUCCCGAAGGGUAUGAUUUAGAUUACGCUACUGUUGAGAGGGACUUGGGAAUCAAAUUUCAUUCUUUUGAAGAUUGUAUUUUGGACUCAAUGAAGCAGUUCCAGUCUUUACCAUCAAAGAAGUAAAUAUAUAUCACCUGU